GCGACACGCGGUUGCCUAGCAACGACAGAUAAACUCAAGUUCUUCCAUCUUGUCGACUACACAUAUCGUUUUUUUUAGUGUUUGUUGCUCCCACGAAACUUCUAGUAACACUUACGUCGAGUUGGAAUCGAGUGUGAGCCCCCACAAGACAGAAUGAGCGCCGGGCGGCCAUCAGAAGGAGCAGGCUGCGUCACCUGGUGGGGCUUCAGUCCUGCACGAGACCUCGUCAAUACAGGUCCAGUGAGACGUGACCGGGAAGUCAACCUUUUACUGGUUGGAAGUGGAGAUCCGAGACAUAUCCUGAAGUCUGUUGCUGGUCUGAGGGAGGAGGAGGUCCUUCAUGUCUGGGUGCUUGAAAGCAGCAUGGAGGUGGUGGCCAGACAGAUGCUGCUGCUCUACAUUGCACUGACCCCCCAGGAAAUGAUGGGACUUAACGAGAAGACAGAGGUGUUCUUGGAGUUGUUUGGCAACAGCGUGAUCCGCAGUCAGACGGAGGACACUUUGAAACGUGCGGCGUCGCAGCUGUCGCUCCACAUCAACGACACCAUGGAGUCAGACAUGCAUCCUUGCUUGGACGCAUCCCUUCUCAAGUUCAGGGAGCGGGAUGAACUGGUGAGGAUUUUUAAAUCCUGGGUGCAGCCUGUUAUGUCGUCUGCUCCGAUCUCCAUCUCCAAAGCAUGGGAUUACAGAGUGAGGCAGCACCUUGGGACACGCUACGACUCCAAGAGGGGCUGCUUCGACUGGGACCUCAUGAUGAAGCUACACGAGAAAGGGUGUAGUGUCAUCAACAAGCAGCAGUACAUGCGGUGGAGAGAUUGCGGCCAGGCCUUUGAACUAAGAGAGGGGGUCUACCAAAUAACCAACCCGAGCCUGCUGUCUCUGCGUGUCUUCAACCAAAGAGUCGACCGAGUGGCCCUGAGAGGCUACUGGGGAGACAUUGUGUCCAGUCCGUACAUCUCCUUUGGCAUUGAAACUGAAGACCAAAACUUGCUGAAGACGCAGAACGGGCAGCACAUGAAGACAGCCCAGGACAUCUCCUUUGCAAAUGUGCAGAAAUUGCUGCAAUCUUUGUCCAGAAGACUGGAAGGUCCUCUGAUUCCUCAGUCAAGCGCAAAGGAGGAAAAAUCACACACAACUAGUGACCAUAAACUUGUCACCAUCAAUGACCUGAUGCGUCUCAAUCGCGUUUCUGUCAACUUCCUGCCUUUGGAUUCCCUUCAGAAGAUGCCCAACAAAGGGAAAUACGCCCAUUUCUUCAAUAUAGUCUACAUUUCCACCAGCUUCGCGCACCAUUUGAGCCCAAAAAUCAAGCAGAUUGCAGCACCAGACGCUGUGCUUGUUGUGGAGUUGGCCAAGUAUAUUUUGGACCUGAACAAAGAGCAAGAAGCGGGCUUUGCCGAGCGAGUGUCCAGCAUGUGUACGGAUGCUGGAUUCCAACUGUGUCGUGAAGCAACUAGAGAUGACGUCCAUGCUGUCUUCAUCCCACAGAAAGACAUUGCAUAGGAGAUUAGAGAUGUGUGUUUACCUGCACUCUUCUGUCAAAUACUAUUUCACACCACAAGAGAGGAAUACAACCGUGUAACUGCAUGCCACACAGUCAUUUAUUCAUGUCAUUUGGUACAACACUGCGUAGACCUUGCCUUCAUGAGGGUGUGGACUCACUUCCAGCGUCCUCCAACCUUCCCUUUACCGUGCACCUUUUUGCUUUGGGACAAGAGAACAUCUUUGAGCGUACAGUGUGUGUGCAUGUGUGUGGGCCUUUCACUGGAGUACCACAUGAAGAUGGACUCACAACUUUUGAGCGUGGUGGAUUCUGUUCAGGAGGACGUUGAUCUGGAAAAGAGCAGAAGAUACGUAAGAGCAUCCAACAAAAGUUUUUGUUAAAGUCUCUAAAGCUGAGCUGGCCAAAUAUUUUGACUCGGGGGCCACAUUGAAAGAAAAAAUGUGUGAAGUGAAUUAUAUUUAUAUAGCGCUUUUUCUCUUAGUGACUCAAAGCGCUUUUACAUAGUGAAACCCAAUAUCUAAGUUACAUUUAAACCAGUGUGGGUGGCACUGGGAGCAGGUAGGUAAAGUGUCUUGCCCAAGGACACAACGGCAGUGACUAGGAUGGCGGAAGCGGGGAUCGAACCUGGAACCCUCAAGUUGCUGGCACAGCCGCUCUACCAACCGAGCUGUUCCGCCCCAGUAUAGCUUGACCCCCUGCGUCUGGGGGGCCAAUGUCUAUGUGUAUAAAUCAUAUCAAAGUCACAAUGUCCGAUAAAAUUGAAAAAAAAGUAAUGACAGACCACCAUCAAAAAACGUAAUGGAUUUUUACCGUUUUUUUGAUGAAUGGGACACCUAAAAUGUACAUUAAAAUAAAGAAAGUUGGAAUUUACAAUAUUAAUUAUGAAUAAUAAAACACGUAAUAUUAACAACAUAUGAACAUUGCUCCUCUUUUACUUCUCAGACCAGCUCCUCAUUAGUUGUGUAUCUUUUACAAUAAAGUAAAACACAACAAAAAUGUAACAAACAGCAACAUAUGAAUGCAAAGGGUAAUAAAAACCUAAAAUAUGAUAAAUUAUCACUUUUAUGCAGAAAUUUGUUGUAAAAAUGAGCUUUCGCAUCUGUUCCUAACACAUGCGUUUCGGGCUGUCUGCUCGGUAAACAAACCCUGCCCACUCUGCUUUGUUCCUCAUCAGAGCUGCUGUGACGUAGUUUACCGUAAUAACUGGUAUAACACUCAAAAGCGCAGAUUUCAACCAUUGAAAUACUUUCUAUAGUUCAAGAUUUACGGUAAUUUAAAAACAGCAUAGCACAUCAUAAUGGCGGGUACAGUUUUGAUGUUAAAGG